CUUGCGGAUGGCAAUGCGCGCGAAGCGAGACUUAUUUACCAGAAGCGAUUUCCUAAUCGAGUACUGUCUUCAGCUCCAACAUUUUCCAGUCUCCACCGUCGUUUGGCCGAAACAGGUAGCUUUAAGAGGGCAGCUGAUAUUGUUGGAAGACCACGUGCAGUCCGAACCCCAGAAUUGGAAGAAGCUGUUUUGAACGCUGUCGAGGAGAAUCUAGAAACAAGUACAAGAAUAAUUGCUGAAGCUCUCAAUUCUACUCAGUCCACAGUUUGGAUAAUCAUCCACGAUCAACAAUUGUAUCCAUACCAUAUUCAAAGGGUGCAAGCUCUUUUGCCACGAGACUUUCCUCAACGCAUUAAUAUGUGUCAGUGGUUUUUGAGGAAAUUGGCUGAA